GAGCCUCACAAAGCAAUAUAUGGCCAGGAUUUGGGCUUUAUUCCACCCUUUGCUUUGUUCCUAUUGGGUGGCUCCCAGACCAGAAGGGCCUGUAAUUUAUGCACACUAAUCCCUGCACUGUGUGGUAUUGCUGUGCUUGAGACUGAGUGAUGUUUUGUUAUUGUGGUCCAGCCUUUUAUAUGAGUCCAGAAUUUGCUGAACAAAGACAAGUUUGAGGGUAUUUUUCUCACAUUUGCAACUUGGCAGCUCAGAAGUGAGGUUGGAUUUUUAUUCCCAAGGAACUUGAUAAAUUAUAAAUUAGGACAUUGUCAUUGACAUUAGUGCUACUAUAACGGCCCUGUGGGAAAGCAAGAAGCCAUGUUCACAUUCCACCGUCCCAAGAUCUAUCGGAGCGUCGCCGGGUGCUGCAUCUGCAAGGCAAAGUCAUCUAGUUCCAGAUUUACAGAUAGCAAGAAGUAUGAGAUGGAAUUCAAGGAUUGCUUCAACCUUGUAGAAGGCCAGAAACGAACGGGAGAGAUCUGUAAUGCUUGCGUUCUGCUAAUUAAAAGAUGGAAGAAACUACCCAAAGGAACAGAGAGAAAUUGGAACCAUGUGGUAGACGCCAGGGCGGGGCCAGGGGGGAAGUCACAGCUGAGACACAAGCUGAAAACCCAAAAGACCAUGCCCACCAACCUCUAUUCCAACAACUGCAACAACAACAACCCCGGCUCUGUCGUCUCGGAGCACGGUUGGAGCAGACGAAACAAGAGGAGACAUGCAGAGAGAAAGAAGAGGAUGCAACUACUUGAUGAGCUUAGGACCAGGAGCCAUCCAGACACUGAGGAUGUGUCGCCACCCAGCCCCACCCCCAGCGACACCUCGGACACAUCAGUUGCAUCCCAGCCUGGAUCUAGGACUGGCUCAAUAUCAUCAGAGGACUUAGAUGAACUACCCCCUCUAUUGGCAUCAAUCAUCGACACUUCGUAUUGGAAAAUGGAGAAGAUAUGCUGUGGAACGAUCUUCAAAGGGGUCAGAGGAGAGAUCAUGGUACAUCCACAGCUCCUGAGGCCAUGUGCAACCUCCUGUCUGGGGUCAGGGGUCAAGCCAAGGUCAAACCCAAGCCCCGCCCACAGGUCACCUGCUGACCCCGCCCUCUCCUGCAACAAAGGCGUGGUCAGUGACGCCAUCGCAACGGCGACCAACAAGAGAGGGACGAGACAGGACAGUGUCGGGAGCGAAGAGUCCAACGAAAGCUUGGAAUCAGAUGACCUCGGCUUAACACACUCCAGAGAGGUCAAAGGGCAAAGGUUAGCAGGAAGUGGUAUUAUCGAUGACAUCAUGGAAACAUGCUAGUGUUUAUUGUUUCGUGAUGUUCUCUUCCGAAUUGGGACUUCCAGAAGUGUUGUUUGUAUCUGUCGCACCUUGGUGAAAAUUACCUUCAUGUUCCUUUUAUGAAGGUGGUUACUAGGGCAAUUUUGAUUGCCUGUAACUACCACAGCGCUGUACCAAGUCCUUUUGAUUACACAUCUGACUCAAAGCAGACAACUCCCAUGUAGAUUCAAUUGAUGUGCAAAUACCAGUCAUUUUUUGUAAUUUACCACAUAAACUUUCGAAAUUGUGAAUAUCGUUGGUGAGUCAUCAUUUUAUGAGUGAUGUACGAUUGUUUGGUUUGCUACAAAGCAAAGACGAGAAGAAAUUUGCCAAGAAUGUUUGUUCGUAGAAUAACUACUUUAAACAGCACAUUGCCAACUGUCAAGUGUGUACAAUGCAAACAGGAGGAUAUGUUAAUUUGCAAUUUUGUGCAUUUUCUGUUUGUACUCAAGGAACAUUUUUCACAAGCAAGGGAACAAUCGCGAUCUGUUAUAUAAACUACAGUAGUAUGCCUGUACAAGAAAAAAAAUCCUGUUGCAUUGUACAUGUAUUUAAAAAAAUCAAUGAAUAAUUAUUAUUUUUUUAAUAAAUGUUUAAGUUAUGAAGUUGGAUAUGACAUACUGAAUUCCAAAUUCAAAACAUCAUUCAUUAAAAAUGAUAAACAUGAUACGUUGGCUUGCAUGAAGAAUUUUGAAUAUCAUUUAUAGAAUUAAAAAAUGGGAUUAGGCUUGGUAUCAAAAUACACAAAAGAGGUGAAGUCACUAUCAUUGUUGAAAUAUUGAUUUUGCAUCUUGCUAAUGUCUGGUUAUAUUUCCUAACAUGCUCAUUAGCUUGACCACAAAACCCUGAUUUUCUCAUUUUCUUCGAAAAAUAUUUCAAACAAAAUCCUGUUAUUGUUACAAUGUUGGUUUGUGUGUAUUGGAGAUUGAGAGCGAGGUUUAUUAUAAAUGCAUAAUUUUAUUACAGAUGCAUUAUUUUCAGUAUGAGAUGUAUUUAAUGGUUAUUGGGAAGGUAUUUUUCGUGAGAGGUUGUUAUUACAGAGAGAAAGACUAAUUUUUAAAAAUUAUUCAGAUGUUCUUAUUUUUAAACUCUAUUUAUUGCCAAAUUGGGCCAAAUGGUAAGAGAAGCAAGAUGUAUGAGAGUAAUAAAGAUAUAUUAUUAUAGAAGGAAUGUAAAUAUGUAAUUUCAUGUACAGUGUCUCUGUGUAGUAGAAACCAGCAGUGUAUGUGUUCAGUGUUCAUUGUAUCUUACACCUGUCAAAAGUGUACAUGUAUUUUCCAUUAUGUGGAACACCUUAAAGUCCUGUAGUGUACACAACACCUAGAGUGUUGUCCUUGUUACAGAAAUGGUUUGUUGUAUGUUACAGUUUCUAACGAAGGUGUUGACUGAAUCAGUUUCCAUUGAAAUCGUAUACACUCCAUGUUUCAGGUGUUCAAAACAAUGACACCAAAUAUGUAGUGCUAGUUUAAAUGUUGAGAGUUGAAGCAAAUUAACACUAAUCCUUGUCAUUUGAUAAAAGCAGUGUCAGGUUAACACUCAAGUGUUACCAGUAUACUUUUGGUGUUAUGGUAUCAUGAUGUUAAGCACAUAAACACAUAAGCAGCAUUGAAUCAAUGUUGGACACUUUACUCUAUGCACACUCAUUAGUUAUGAUUUACACUACACUUAUUAAACACAUGAACCCCCUUAUACUUCUAAUGCUCAGGAAUAUUUAAAAGGACAAGUCCACCCCAACAAAAACUUGAUUUGAAUAUAAAGAGAAAAAUCCAACAAGCAUAACACUGAAAGUUUCAACAAAAUCAAAUGUAAAAUACGAAAGUUAUGACAUUUUAAAGUUUUGCUUAAAUUCACAAAUCAGUUAUAUGCACCUCUUGGUCGGUAUGCAAAUGAGGAGACUGAUGAUGUCAUCCACUCACUAUUUCUUUUGUAUUUAUUAUAGGAAAUAUGAAAUAUUCUAAUUUUAUCCUCAUUGUCAAGUGAAACGAUGAUUACUUCCUCCCUGAACAUGUUUAAUACUAUAUGGUUCAGUCAAGUUGGUCCUUAUUGUCAAAUAUGUAAAAAAGGAAAUAUUGUAUAAUUCAAAUAAUAAAAAACAAAAGAAAUACAUGUAGUGAGUUAAGGACAUCAUCGACUGUCUCAUUUGCAUGUCACUGAAUUGUGCAUAUCACUGUUUUGUGAAUACAUGUAUAAGCGAAACUUUAAAAUGUCAUAACUUAUUUUACAUCCGAUUUUGAUGAAAUUUUCAGCAUUAUGCUAGUUUGAUUUUUCUCUUAUUCAAACCAACAUAUUUCUUGGUUGGACUUGACCUUUAAGACCUAAGAAUGCUGUCUUAUAUCGUCUUAUCCAAUUAUGCUACAUGUAUUUAAUUAUAUGCAGGGGCGGCAUCAAAGUAUUUUUGUAGGGGUGAAGGAGGGGGGGGGGCUGAAUGGCCUGAAGGGGACAUUUUCCCCCCUCUCAAUUGAAUAAAGGCUUAACAAUCCAUAUCUUUCUUUUUAUGCUCCUCUUUAUUCUUCUUUGUUCUUCCCUUCUCUCUUCUUUUCCUGUUUGUUUUCACUACUAAAAACCCCCUCUGUAGUGCCGCUCCUUUCAUCUAUAUGCAGCAACACCCUUUAUUGGGAUAUCAGUAUAUUUCUGAGUGCAAUUUUUGAAUGUGUUUAUUUCUUGCCCUAGAUUGAUACAGGCUGAAACAAUAGUACCUCUCUUAAAUCACCUUGCCCAUAUAUGUCCAUCUUCUUUCCCUUUAAAUGUUGUUUGUUUGUCAGUGGUUUUCAGUGUGAAUGUUGACAUUUGCCAGACCAAAGAGUUUUGUAACAGUUUACCAAGUCCUGUAUGGGCCCUGUUUCUCAAAAGCUUGUGAUUGAUUGGUAAUUUUUUUUUGUACCGUGAUGCACAUACAAUAAUAAAGAUCAUCAUUGGCCAGUGUUGGCCAUUGACAUUUUGCGAUUGAUUGCAUAAAGCCAGCAUUUUCUUGAUUAGCCAUUGUUGGCCAUUGCCAUUAUGCAAUUGAUUGCUAGUUACCUUUAUCUUGAUUGGCCAUUGUCAUUUUGCAAUUGAUUGCAAGCCAGCUUUAUCUUGAUUGGCCAUUGCCAUUUUGUGAUUGAUUGCAAGUUACCUUUGUCAUUGUUGGCCAUUCUUUGUUGUGGGUGUCCUGGGAUUGUAACAUAGAUACUCUUCAUUACAAUAGAUUUUAACUGUUUGUAAAAGUGUGGAUUGCCAUAUACUAAGAGAUAUGAUUGAUUUUAAAAUUGAUUGUAUAUGUAUCUUGUGUGUUACAGGGUCCUGGCUGUUGUGUGCACUUAUGAUGGUGCCAGUAGAUAUGCAUAGAUAACAAGUCAUAGAUACACCAACUUAGAUCAUAAAAUAGAUCAUUAUGGACAGCAAAUAUUAUUUGUGUUUUGUGUUUCAAGGGGUGGGGGUGGAUCGAUUCACCAGAUUAUUGGUUGUUUGAUAAAUUUGAAUUCCACCUCUUUGAAAAUACCUAUAAAAAGUGAGUGGAUGAAUCACUCAUCUCCAAACGUUAACCUUUCAAUGACCUUGUUUAGUUCUCUGUUUGCCGGACGAUUCACCUAUAAAAACAAACCUGAUCAAUGCUCAUUGUCUAUAUCUAUAUCAAUUAAGUCAUCAGGAAAUUUUAUUUUCCUUUUCUUAUUUUUCUGACAAAAUAUUUCUUUGGACAACUUUGUCCCACAGGAUUAGAAUGAUUUGUACUUGGUAAAUGAGUUGGCAUAAGGCACUCCAUAAAAGUGUGGUCUAAGGGCCUUUUCACACAUGAAUCUUGAAUCAUUGUAAUGAUGAUUGCAAUUCGUCUUUAGAAUCAUCGGACCUUUCACACUGAAAAUUCAUACCGUAAUUUGAGUGAAACUUAAACGGAAUUCACCUCCGUAGUAGAAUUUGAUUUUGUGAUUAGCGUUCGUGAUUCUAGUUCGGUUUCACACAUGCUUAAAGUUUGUCAUUAGCCUUAUUUUUCACCGGAAUCAACAUUCAUAUUGCGAUUUUUUACCGUGUGAAAGGGCGAUAAGUUAUCCCAUGUUUAAGUAAACCAUAGCUAUCAGAAUACCACUUGAUAUGUUUGUAUAAAGUGUCAAUCAGGGUCCGUAGUGCAGCGUUAGCUUUGUGAAUCGGUUUAUUUUCUAUGAUUGUUUUUUUUUUCGGACUAUUUUCACAAACCUAGUGACAUGCAUUGGCGGCGGAAGCCAAAAAUUUUAGGGGGGACCACCAACAUUUUUUGACAAGCAAAAAAAAAAGGUUAUCAACCUAAACAUGUAGGGGGGACGCUGGAAAAAAAAUUGACAAGCAAAAAAAAAAAAAGGUUAUCAACAAAAAAUUUAGGGGGGGAUCGUCCCCCCACCUCAAGUUUAGGGGGGACACGUCCCCCCCCCCCGCUUCCGCCGCCUAUGGUGACAUGAUCCUGACUAUCAUUCCUAUAAUGGGUACAAGUGAGAGGAAAUGAUUUUGUGACCUUUUUUUUUAAUGAUGGGGAAUGAAAGAUUGUUCAUGGGUUUUCAGUCCUUAGUUGUUUUUUUUUUCCUGAAUGCAUACCGUCUGUAUGCAGAGUAUUUAAUGUAUAUGUAUGUCAUUGUAAGUAACUUAGAAGAAAAAAUUCUUCCAAUUAAAUUGCCUCUUAAUGGACAGUGGUAUGUCCAGAAACCACAAGCAAUACAUCAUUAUAAAAAUAUAUCAUUUGAUUGUGAGAUGACUAAUGUUUACAUGUUGAUAUAUGCCAUACAUGUGAGUAGAGAUAUGUGUCAUUUGAUGUUAUCAAUUCAUACGAACUGAUAAGAGUUAAUGUGAAUGAUGUUACAUAGCGACUGUAUGCAACUAAUCUGUUACCCACGUAUUUUACAAAUACAAUUUUUUUUUGCUUAAGACACAAACUUAUCAACUGAAAUAUGAUCAAAGUAGGCAUACAUACUCAAACUCUUUGGCCCGUAUUCUGAAGUCGAGUUUAACUUAAACUCAGGUUUAAAGUUGUGGUUUAAGUAUGGAUAGCCAAUUGUUACAUAAAUCACUAACAAUAGAGAUAUCAUAUUUCAGCUCAUUUGGCUCUCAAAUCAUUCAUAAUUGUCUAGGAAGUAUAAAUAGAUGAUUGUCUUCACCAUCGAUGCAUCAGGAAAAAGCACAGUAAACAUAAGAAACUUACAACUUAAUAAAGAUUUUGACACUUUUGGCUUCCCAUACUUAAACCACAACUUUAAACUUGAGUUUAAGUCAGACCCGACUUCAGAAUACGGGCCUAUCAGUCUUGAUCCAAUUUGCAAUGAACUUGCCAUUUUCAAAAGGCGAAAGACAAAUAAUUAUAUGAAAUAUUUUUAAACUCUCCCUAGUUUCCCUAGUCAAAUAUGAUUAUGAUCUUAUAAACAGGGUGGUGACAUUUUUUAGAGCAUUCUAAAUCAUUUUAAAACAUGCUUUGAAAUUCUUAUGAAAAGAAAAUGACAAUUUUUAUUGUGCUAACCCUGGCCUUUUAAUAGGUCAAAUUAUUCAUGUUUUUUAACAAAAACUGAGUAUGAUGUAUAUAGUGCUGAAUAUGCAAUACGCAUUUUGCAAUACUUAUUUAUUUGUAAUGAUAUGCAUCUCAAACUGUGUACAUAUUUCUGUGGAGUGAUGUCUCUAGAAUUAUAACCCCGAGAGUGUUUCACAAAAGGGUGCCUAAUGUCAUGGAUAACUUUACGAACAACUUAACAAUAUUGAAGAGCUAAAAUAAUGGGAUUCCAAAAGGUUCCCCCAGAUGACGAUCAAAGUGUGCAUGCCUUUCCUAUAAUGGAAAUUAAAUUAUUUUGCAUAUAUGUCUUGAGAUUAAAACAAAAUUAAUGCUGUGUGUAAUUUAAAUGAAUUUCAACUUAAUGACCAUAUUGAUUUUAUAAUGAAUUUAUAAUAAUUUAUUUUGAAUAAUUUUACAGCAACUGAAAUGAACGAUGUGAUCUCAUUUCGCUCUGGAUUGGUACUAUUGAAGUCAGUCGUAAAGUUGUAAAGUUGUGCAUGUCAUUAAAAUCAGUUUUGUGAAACGUUCUCCCGAAUAGAAUGUGAAUUAUUGUUAUAACUUGCUGUCAAAGCAAGCUGUGUUUGUAUUCGACUCGUGAAUUUCUUUGAACAAAAAAAAAUAUCAUUAAAAACAAAGCAAGAUAUGCUUAUUUCUUGGA